UUCUCCUUGCUGUCGCUUUGCUUUUUGACUGCUCUCACUCGCAUUCUUUGACUUCAACACUCUCACAUGCGCUCACACAUACAUCCGCACCCCAUCAUUCCAUCCAUCCUGCAUGCCUCCUCUCUUGAAACCAAACCACUUGCAGCAGCCUAGCCCACGUGGCGCAGACCCCCUAUUCCAGGUAACUCCCCCCCCCCCUUACACCUCCAGGUUAAGCCUACACCGAAACUCUAAAAGACUUACUAGGUACAUGCACACGGGAAGCUGGGAGGAAUGCUGCCAUGAGGGAGAGCAUCUGGGUUGGGGUUGGCCUCUCAAGGUCAGCUGGCAUCAUUUGAAGAUUGCAGCUGUGGAAGCAGAGCAGCUAACAGCAGCAGCAGCAGCAGCAGCAGCAGCAGCAGCAGCAGCAGCAGCAGCAGCAGCAGCAGCAGCAGCAGCAGCAGCAGCAGCAGCAGCAGCAGCAGCAGCAGCAGCAGCAGCAGCAACUGCAGCAGCAGCAGCAGCAGCAGCAGCAGCAGCAGCAGCAGAAGCAGCAGCAGCAGCAACAGUUGGGGCCGGCAUGUGGAUCUGCAGCCUUGGAGCACGGGUAGGAGCCUUGGAGCACGGGCAGGAGAAUGGAGCCCGCCUCCUCUCUCACCUCUUCUCCUCUCCCUCUGUCCUUCUCCCAGAAGCAUCGUGCUGUGAGGAGAGUGCAAUUCUCACCCUCACAUCCCCUCCCCCCUCCUUAGCAGGUUGCAGCAGCAUGGUGAUCCAUUCGGCUAUGGUAGGUUGAGUGGAAAAUGCGUGGCACGGCAGUCGUUCCUCAAGUACCAACACUAGUGGCGUAUCGUAUAAUGGAACCGGCCAGAGCCGUGCGCGCCGGCUCUGGUUGGGAGUCCCCUCCUACGACGCUGAAUGUGGCGGGAUUUGAGUCUUGGGCCGCCCGUGCAUUUUCCACUGCCACUACUCGCCCUGCAAGGCAGAGCCAUGGGGGGCGCUGUUUCCAAAGGGGGGUAAGUUGAGUGAGGGGAGAGGGGAUGAUAUCCCCCCAGGGUAAGUUGAGUGAGGGGAGAGGGGAUGAUAUCCCCCCAGGGUAAGUUGAGUGAGGGGAGAGGGGAUGAUAUUCCCCCAGGGUAAGUUGAGUGAGGGGAGAGGGGAUGAUAUCCCCCCAGGGUAAGUUGAGUGAGGGGAGAGGGGAUGAUAUCCCCCCAGGGUAAGUUGAGUGAGGGGAGAGGGGAUGAUAUUCCCCCAGGGUAAGUUGAGUGAGGGGAGAGGGGAUGAUAUUCCCCCAGGGUAAGUUGAGUGAGGGGAGAGGGGAUGAUAUCCCCCCAGGGUAAGUUGAGUGAGGGGAGAGGGGAUGAUAUUCCCCCAGGGUAAGUUGAGUGAGGGGAGAGGGGAUGAUAUCCCCCCAGGGUAAGUUGAGUGAGGGGAGAGGGGAUGAUAUCCCCCCAGGGUAAGUUGAGUGUGGGGAGAGGGGAUGAUAUCCCCCCAGGGUAAGUUGAGUGAGGGGAGAGGGGAUGAUAUUCCCCCAGGGUAAGUUGAGUGAGGGGAGAGGGGAUGAUAUCCCCCCAGGGUAAGUUGAGUGAGGGGAGAGGGGAUGAUAUCCCCCCAGGGUAAGUUGAGUGAGGGGAGAGGGGAUGAUAUUCCCCAAGGGUAAGUUGAGUGAGGGGAGAGGGGAUGAUAUCCCCCCAGGGUAAGUUGAGUGAGGGGAGAGGGGAUGAUAUCCCCCCAGGGUAAGUUGAGUGAGGGGAGAGGGGAUGAUAUUCCCCCAGGGUAAGUUGAGUGAGGGGAGAGGGGAUGAUAUCCCCCCAGGGUAAGUUGAGUGAGGGGGGAGGGGAUGAUAUCCCCCCAGGGUAAGUUGAGUGAGGGGCAACGAGGAAUGUGUGGGAGAACCCCACAGUAGUGUGGGAGCAAUGCAGGGGAGGGGGGUUGGAACCCCCUGGGUAAGGCUUGUGAGAAGCAAGGGGGGGAGAGGGGGGUUGAAGCCCUCAAGUUGAGGCAAGCAAAGGUUAGAGGGACCCCCCCCCCCCUCUGCCUUCGGCUCGCCUUAACCUGGGGGUUUUAACCCCACUCUCUUGCCUCUCAAUUGCCUUUCCUUGGGAGUUUCAGCCCUCUUCCCGUGUCUUGCCCUCGUGCCGCCUUUGGGUUUUCACCCCCCCUCUUCUGCUGUAAGGUGUGGAUGGAGGGAAAGGGUUGAGCCUAGAGCUCCACAUGGCAGGCAGCAAAUGAUGAUGCCCCACGUGUUGCCUGAUGCAGUAAGCCCUGUCAUGUGGCUCGUCGGUUGACCCCUCCACUGUGGGAUGGGUGAGAGGGUUUCAGAACCCAACCGUAAAGGAGAGUGAGAUGGGUAAAGGGGGUAAAGAUCAGAUAAGAUCAGAACCCAACUACUAAGCCUUUCCUUGGGAGUUUCAGCCCUCCUCCUGUGUCUUGCCCUCGUGCUUCCAUGGGUUUUCACCCCCUUCUUCGUCCCUACGGUGGGUGAGUGGAAGGGGAAGGGUUGACCCUAGAGCUCCACAUAACCGGCAGCAAAGAUGAUGCCCCACGUGUUGCCUGAUGCAGUAAGCCCAUCAUGUGUAGUAUGCCGUAUGCAGUAUGCAGUAAGCCCAUCAUGUGGCUCAUUGCUUGAUCCCUUCCACUGUGGGAUGGGUGAGGGGGGGACUGACCCCAACUGUAGAGCUCAAGGUUCAGUGGAGUGAAGGGCGAGGGAAGAGAAAGGCGGAGGAGGGCUGGUCUCUCCAGGUAGAAGGGACAGAUCAGUUUCAAGUUUCAACCGCCCUUCUGCAGGGGUGGUACGGUACAAGGGGCAUUCAGGCCUUCAUUUAUGGUGAAAGGGCAGGAAGAGGAAGGUUGAUUGAACCCCUUAUGGUUCGGAUUCUCCUGCCGGUGUGCUUUGGGGUGUUCUGGUAAGGUAUGGCUGCUCACCAGAUGAAAUGGCGAACGAGGGAUGGGUAAUUAGCGAGUAGGGUGAAGCGGAUCAGAACAGGGAGAGGCCUUGCUGCUGGUGUAAGGUCAGAGAGGUGCAAUAGAUUGGGAUGGCAGUCCUAGUGGUAGGUGCGAGUAAGGGGAGCUCUGAUUACUGACUCUAGGACUUGUUGAGUGAGGAUGUGAACGAUGCUGGGAGAGGUAGAAGGAAGUAAAGCUGACGCAGAGCGAGUAUGCAGGGGGAAAGGCACAGAGGCAAGACAGAGGCUGGAAAGCUCACAAGAGAGAGGUUAAAAUCCCUGGGAUAUACUUGCCCGGCAAAUGGUUAGGGCCCACACACACGCCCUAUUGUAUUGCGACAUCUAUCGUGCCAGGGUUUACUUAUUUUUUUGCUACAAUAGUCGUUUUAAAUCUAUCCAG